AUGUAUGUAGCUAUGUCACCAAAGCGAACACCCACCCCGAGCGACAACGAUAGCUGCUCUCCAUCACCCAGAUCCCCCACCUUUCACGUUCGUGACCCAGCCGUAGGUUGGAUUUCACCUCGUAUCAACCCACCCGAACCCAGCAACACCUCGAGACACUCGUCUCGCAAUCCCACCCCCAACCAACACCCAGGUUUCAAUACGCCUGGUCGAACGUUAGCCGAGAACGAUAACGAUGAAGGCAAAACAUCGACGUACCCGGUUGACUCCCCCUCUUCCUAUAUCCAUCCAACCCGCAGUACCCCUCGUCCUCGAGAUCGUCAUCCCGAGCCAUCUUCUCCUCGACCAUCCACUGAAUGUUCCCAUCGCACAGCCGUACCGAACCCGCAGUCUUCUCGGAGCAGUCCCCAAUCUUUCGACGUUGCACGAGAUGUUGUCGAAGUCCUGAAAUUGCAUGUAGUAGAUAUAUUAGAUGAUAUGACUUGUCCUAUAUGA